CGCGUUGCAAGAUCCAUCUCUUCAUUUACUCCAUAUUUUCUUAUCAAUUUUAAUUCACAUUUGAGCAGCAACCAUUCCCGUCGAUGGUCACCACAACAUCGUCUAUCCGGUCAAACCGGGCUGCUCGUCUCGAUGACGCAGACAGAGACAGUCACGUAGACGAGACCACCGCUCUCCUGUCACCCAACAGACACACAGACGCUGCCGCCAAUGCUGACCAUGCGGCAGCUGACGAGGACGACAAGCCUCUGCCCAAAAUUCAAAUCCUGCUACUCUGCUACGCCCGGGUCAUUGAGCCGCUCGCCUUCUUCUCCAUCUUCCCCUAUGUCAGCCAAAUGGUCCAGGACAACGGGGACGUGCCUGACUCCGAUGUCGGCUUCUACAGCGGGCUGAUCGAGUCCCUCUUCUCCCUGACGCAAGCGAUCAUCAUGAUCUUCUGGGGCCGGCUGGCCGACCGCGUCGGACGCAAGCCGGUGCUGGUCGUCUCGCUGUUCGGCGUGACCCUGGCGACGGGCCUCUUUGGGCUUGCCCAGUCGAUCCCGCAGAUGAUUCUCUUCCGGUGCUUGGCCGGGGUCUUCGCCGGCACCAUCGUCACCAUCCGCACCAUGGUGGCCGAGCACAGCACGAGCAAGACGCAAGCCCGUGCCUUCAGCUGGUUCGCCUUCAGCGGGAACCUGGGCAUCUUCCUGGGCCCUCUGCUGGGAGGGAGCCUGGCCGACCCCGUCCGCCAGUACCCUGGGGUGUUUGGGCAGGUCGGCUUCUUCGCGGACUACCCGUACGCGCUCUCGAGCCUGGUCGUGGCGAUGAUCGGGGCAACCGCUGCCGUGUCGAGCGCGCUGUUCGUCCAGGAGACCCUGACACGGGAGCCUGCUGCGGCCGCUCCACCCGGAGAGGCGACGGCCCCGGUCGCAAACCGCAACCACCCCGAGGACCUCUCAACGGGGGAGCUCCUGCGAGCGCCCGGGGUGGGGAUGGUCAUCUACACCUACGGCCACAUCAUGGUGCUCGCGUUUGCCUACACGGCGAUCGUCCCGGUUUUCUGGUUCACGCCGGUGCAGCUCGGUGGAUACGGCUUCACGCCCCGACAGAUUUCGUUGAUGAUGGGGCUGAACGGCGCCGCGCAGGCGGCCUGGCUGCUGCUGGUCUUCCCGCCCUUGCAGAAGCGCAUCGGGUCGAACGGGGUGAUUCGGUUGUGCGCCUACGCCUACCCGUUCUUCUUCCUGGCCUGCCCGGCGGGCAAUGCGCUGCUGCGCCAGGGGAGUGACGCCGCCGUCACGGUAUUCUGGGUCUUCCUGCCGGUGGCACUCGUGCUGGGGUGUGGCGUCAGUAUGAGUUUCACCGCCAUCCAGCUCGCGCUGAACGACAUCGCCCCCUCGCCGCGGGUCUUGGGCACGCUGAACGCGCUGGCCUUGACGGGCGUGAGCGGACUGCGGGCGUUUAACCCGGCCCUGUUUACGACAUUGUUUGCCCUGGGGGCAAGGACACAGUUAGCGGGAGGAUAUGCCAUUUGGGUGCUGAUGAUUGUGCUGGCGAUGGGGUUGUCGGUUGCCGCGCGGUAUUUGCCGGAGCCGGAGCAGGAGGUGCGCAAGCGACAGGGGCGCGAUACCGAGGCCUGAGGUCGAGUAGUGCCUUCGUCAACCGACUUGAACAUGGUCUCUCUUAUACGCAGACCCGGUAUCCGAUAAUUAGAGUGCAUACUUGGAAAAAGUCAACAUGUUAGAGGACUGGACAUACCUCAAUCAUCACGUGAUCAAUAAAUACGAGUUUAUCCAAGACUGAACAAUUCAAGCCCAUCAAUCAAGCAGCAAUGCAUUGUACUUAAUCAAUACCGAUUCAAUUGGGCUCUCGAAUCCCGCAACCUCCGCCCACUAUAUGGUGCACAACAAUUGAAGCCAAGCCCGACCCGUGUCUCAGUCUGACUGCUUGGCAGGGGUAGGGAUGAUAGGCUAGACUGGAAGGGGGGUUCGUUGGCGGCUAGCAAGACCCUUAAUCUGCUCCAUUGUACAGACGGAGCUAGGGCUGUUCCCUGU